AUGUUUCCGCGACGUCGACCGGGAUCGCGGUCCUCUGCCUGCGAACUUGGGCCCAUCAGCGCUGGGCCAACGACCCCACAAACUGCCCCCGAAGCUCAUCAGAACGAACAUGCACUGGGCUUCACCGAUAUAUACGGGUCAUUGACACCCCGUCAAAUCAGCAUAAUCAGUCUGUACCCCCUACCUUGUAUGGGGACCUACAUUCUAACACAGGUCUGCAGCCAUUGGAUCGGCGAUUGGAACGGGCUUGAUGGUUGGUACUGGAAGAGCAUUGUCCAUGUAAGAUUCGUUCCUGAUGAUAAGCGGAUUUCUUCUAUGCUGAACGACGUUGUCCAACACAGGAGCGGCCCGGCAGCUAUAAUAAUCUCCUAUGCCAUCGUCGGAUUCGCGGUUUACCUCAUCCUCUCUGCCUUGGGUGAGGUGGGUUCAUGGCUACCAAAACCGUAUACCGUUGCAGAUCAGGCUGUUCGAUUUUGUCAUCCUGCGCUUGGAUUUAGCUUGGGUUGGAUAUUUUGGCUGAAAUAUGCUGUUGUCACACCCAACCAGCUCACAGCUGCAGCGCUGGUAGUCUCUUAUUGGGUGGAUGCUGAGCGAGUCAAUCCUGGUAUUUGGAUCACGGUUUUCCUUUCGGUUAUUGUGAUUCUCAACUUCAUCAAUCACCGCCUCCCGAGCAUUAUCGAGUUCUAUAUCUCUUCAUUCAAGCUUGUCGUCAUGCUUGGACUCAUGAUACUUUCCACCGUUAUUGCUCUGGGAGGGGGACCGGAUCAAGACCUAAAAGGGUUUCGAUAUUGGUCGUAUCCCGGUGGUUUCGGCGCUCACCCCCAUCGUGAUCACGGGUUGCUAGAAAAGUUCUACAUAACCUGUUCGACUAUGUCAUCUGCCACGUUUGCGUACGUCGGAAGCGAGCGAUCUGGCAUGGCUCACUUCCCGAACGUUCAAAAGGCUACUUCGAGGGCUAUUCAAAAUACCUUCUAUCGAAUUAUGGUUUUCCAUCUUUUAGCCAUCACUCUUCUUGGUAUGAUCGUCCCCCAGGGCUCGGCGUCUGUGGCAUUUUCUAGCCCGUCCUCCCACGAGGCUGCCGCAUCGGCAUUUGUUGCAGCUCUGUAUUUGGCAGGCAUCGCCGUGCUACCGGACUUGUUGAAUGCAUGCAUACUGUUAUUCGUCCUGUCAAUCGCGAACUACGAUCUCUACCUGGCAACUAAGGCAAUGUGCGACCUCGCAGUGAAGCACCGGGCCCCUGCUUUCCUAUCACACACUACCAGGAGAGGCGUCCCGAUCUAUGCUCUGGCUGUGUGCUCGUCAACUGCAACAUUGGCAUAUCUCAAUGUCCACCAAGACUCAACUGUCGUCUUCGGAUACUUUGUUGACAUGGUCACAAUGCUCGGGCUGCUCACAUGGAUUUCCAUUCUCGUCACCCACAUAUCUUUUGUGCGAGCACGAAACGCUCAAGGCAUUCCUGACAAAGCUCUAGCUUUUAGAGCUCGCUUUGGUCUGGCUGGGACAUAUUUAGCUCUCAUUCUCUGCUUGUUCAUAUCUGUUGCCAUUGUCUUUGAUUCCUUCAGCUUUGAUUCGGGCGUUCGGAAAUUCGACGUCAAAUCUUUCAUUGCGUCGUACAUCAGCAUCCCUCUCUACGUGGCCUUGAUAGUUGGCUACAAGUUUGCCGUCCACAGUAAACGUGUUGACCCCAAAGAGGCUGACCUAUGGACAGAUAAGAUUGACCUGGGCAAUGAGAGGGGGGGCACACGACUGAACGAAACCGAUUGUGAUGGCAGCCGUUGGUCCAAGGCUCAACCUGUUAUCACAGUGACACGUCAGGUGGGGGACGCUAAUAGCAUCUACCCGAAGUUAGCGCCGGUAAACAGUUCCCUCCAUGGCUUUGCACAGCAACCACUCGUAGAACUCCUCCGUAUAUGGAGUAGUAAGGAAUUGCCAAGAUGGGCGAGUCAGAAGACGAAGGCAUUCUGGUUUAAGAACCUCAUCCCACUCUCGCUCACCGGCCCCGAGAAGGAUGUGUGCAUGAACCACUUGCUGAAGCUCAUGGAUGAUGAGGAAUAUCUUCUGGCGAAUGGUCGUGUUGCAAAAACGAAAAAAAAGGUAGCCGCAAAUUCCUUUGGAAAUGCCAAGGGCUUAUCACCAAAGAAACAGAGGUAUGAUGAUGAAGAUGAAGACGAAAACGAAAACUUCCACACCGCACCAAAUUCCCCAGUGGAGGAGUCUGUGUUAGUUCAGUCCCCUUUGGGGAAGAAUGGGGACGGAAGUUUACAAUUUCCUCAGAUGGCACAAGCAGCUUUCGAGGGCCUCCAAUGA